AAGACAUUUGAAAAAUGUUGAUGGAAAUAGACCCUCAAUGGAUACAGUUUUAUUCCCGCCUAUUCACCCAGAAGCAAGAUCAGAGCAAGGUGGAGCUACAAAGGAGCAUAAAAAGCAGGUGCCAGAGAUUUUCAGGUUACCUCAGAUACCUGAAGACUCGCCCAGAGCUCCUUGGAAACAAUGUGCGGCCCGUGAACUCUCAAAGGAACUUGUGGUCCUUCCAUUGCUGGUUCAUGUGGGAAGGGAGACUCAGGACAAAGUGAAAAGGCUUAAAGGAACAUGCAGUAAUGAACUACAGUCUAUGACUGAUAGCUGUAAUAAGCACUUGACCCUUUUGCAAAAUGAUCUCAUUUUGGAGUCAGACCAUAAAAGGGAGCAAGAGCAGAUGAUGAGCAGUCAGAUUACAGAUACUUCCCAAGUCAGUUUCACCUUACCUCCCAUAAAUAACAAAGAUUAUGCUCUCGGUACAAAGAAGAUAAGGAAGACAGAGGUGUGUUCUGAAAAUAACCACAAGUAUGAAAGAGAAUACCAUAAAGACACUUCACUCAGCAGCCCCAUCAAGUGUCCUGAUAGAGAAAUCAUCUGUCCGUCACUCUUGGGAUCCAUCCAAACUACUGAUGAUCCUCGGCAAUUUGGCUUAAUUCCAGAUGAAGAAGCAAGGGAGGCUGAAGUACCAGCUGGAGUUGGAAUAGUUUCCAGAAGUCUACCCGAGGCCUCUUCUGAAGUUCAAGAACAGGAUGAGAAGGAACUCCUCCGAACUCAACAAAAUGGGAACAAGAAUGGCUUCAAAACCGAACAAAAUACUACAGGAAAUGGGAGCAUUUCUGUUGAAUUCAGAAAAAGGAAUCAGCAAAGCCAAGGUGGUGUCUAUGCAAACAACAACCAGCUGCAAAAUGAGGAGGAAAGGGAACAUUUCACCUUGCCACAGACACAGAAGCUCAAACAGCAGAACAAGGAUGACCUUAAGCAAGGGUUUCAAGGAUGUGAAUUAGAGCCUUGGACAGAUACACAGAGGAAGAUGGAAGACUUGCCUCCGUCAGGCAGUCUCUCGCACCUGAAACCGCAGCUGUCCCAUUCACUAGUUUCCACAUUGGAGAUGUAA